CUGCUGACAACACAGCGUCUCCUUUGUCUUAUCAUUUCUUUCUCUCUCUUUCUCUCUCUGUCUCUCUUAAUCAUCAUAAUCCUCAUAAUCGUCACCUCCAUUCAUUUCUCUGUCUGUCUGUCUCUCUCUCUCUCUCUCUACAUUUAUCACUUUCUUUCACACACAGCCCCAUCUUCUCUUUCACUUUGCUCUUCCAUCCCAGUCAAUUCUUUUUUAUUUUUUUUUUUUCAGAACAGAGCAGAGCCGAGCCAGGGCAGGGGCAGUGCCAGUGCAGUUGAUGAUGUUGAUGAUUACGCUCGUCUGCUUAUCUUCUCUUUCUUCUUUACUGCCUGCUUUUCUUUGAAUCUUAUUUUCUUUUUCUUGGGUUUUUGGGUUUCAGAAAUUAUAGUGAAUAAACAAAGGAAUUAAGAUCAAAUCUGAAGGGCAGCACUAACUCAUAGAAAUUCACUUUCUGGGCUUUCUAUCUUUCCAGUUGUCGACUGUCCUUUCUUUUCUCCCACUUAUUGACAUCCCAUAACCUUCGCCUUCCACCAAAACUUGUCUUUGUGCUUUCUCUCUGUCUGUCUGUCUCUCCCGCAUAAGCCACUUCCGCACCUCUCAUGACGAGUGAGUGUGAAUGAGGGAGGAAGAAAGUAGAGAGAAAUCGAGUGAAUUGUAUAGAAGAAGUCGAGGAAGAUCCGCUGGAUCGUUUAUCGCUACGAGGACUUUUAAAUUGAACAAUCUUUCAGAAUUUGGAAAUAGAAGCACAAGUCCAUUGGAAGAUUAAAGAUGCAAGAAGGAGGAGUAUCUAAAUCCCAGUACGGAGUGUCAGCCGAGAUGGGCAGUAGUACUCCUGCCAUGGCUGCUACUGCUGCAGCAACAUCAGUAGGUCAGCCGGUGGGUAUGGAAAGCGAGCAAUCCCAGCUGGUAGAAGCCGCCUCGCCUAUUAGCAGCCGGCCUCCUGCCUCUGCAGCUAUGAAUUUGGAUGAGCUGAUGCCUCUACAGAGCGGUGGUGCGGGUGCAGAUGAGGAUGCACUCGCUGCCGCUGUCGGAGAUGGAGGAGGUGUUGGCGGCGGAAAUCGGUGGCCUCGUCAAGAGACCUUGGCACUUCUCAAGAUUAGGUCGGAGAUGGAUGCAGUCUUCCGUGAUGCCACACUCAAGGGUCCCCUCUGGGAAGAUGUUUCUAGGAAGCUGGCGGAGCUGGGAUACAAAAGGAAUGCAAAGAAAUGCAAGGAAAAAUUCGAAAACGUCCACAAGUACUACAAGCGAACAAAGGAAGGCCGAGCUGGUCGUCAAGAUGGGAAAAGCUACAAGUUUUUCAGCGAGCUUGAGGCUCUCCAUAGCUCAGCUGCCAGUAGUAGCGUCGCCGGCAAAAACGCCUCGGCUUCCCUCCUAGUGCCGCCGGCGACAGCUACCGUCACAAUUAACCCAGUGGUUGCUCCUGUUUCCACUGGGACCGACAUCGGUGGCAUGAUCAGCAGCCCCAUGCCGAUCUCAUCCAAUAUCAGACUUCCCCAAGUCCUUCCAGGUCUCGGCAUGUUUCCUCCUGAUCCUAGUGCGGCAGUGCUUGCACCGGCUGUCGUUUCUGGAUCUGUCAUAGCACCAGCAGCCCAGCCUAUCGGUGUCAGCUUCUCAUCUAACAGCUCUUCAUCUUCUCCGGGCUCCGAUGAAGACGAUGAUGACGAGGAGGAGAGCCUAGAGGUGGAGCCAUCGAACGUAGGAAGCAGCCGCAAGCGUAAACGGGGGUCCAAAAAAGCUGGCGGCAGCAGUGACACCCGCAGAAUGAUGGAGUUCUUCGAGAAUCUAAUGAAACAGGUAAUGCACAAGCAAGAAGUCAUGCAGCAGAGAUUUUUGGAGGCAAUAGAGAAGAGAGAGCAAGACAGGAUGAUAAGAGAAGAAGCUUGGAAGAGACAAGAGAUGGCUAGGCUGGCCCGCGAGCACGAGCUCAUGGCUCAGGACCGGGCCAUCUCUGCUUCCAGGGAUGCCGCUGUAGUCGCUUUUCUACAAAAGAUUACUGGCCAGCCCAUCCAACAACCUACACCUGCAAGCAACAGUCCUGCUGCCCCACCACCGGCUGUGCCACCUUCUCAUGUCCCCUCGCCAGUGCCGGCGGCGACGCAACCACCACAACCGUCACAGCAGCAGCAGCAACAACAGCAGCAGCAGCAGCAACAACAGCAGCAAGCUCUACAACAUUCUCAUCGACAUACCCAAGUAGUGAUGGCAAUCCCAGAACAACAGGUACUACCACAGGAAAUAAUUAGUGGGGGAGGAGGGAGCUUUGAACCUGCUUCCUCGAGAUGGCCUAAGGUAGAGGUUCUUGCACUUAUAAAGUUGAGGAGUGGACUUGAAUCGAGGUAUCAGGAGGCAGGGCCCAAGGGCCCACUUUGGGAAGAAAUUUCUGCAGGGAUGCAGCGGAUGGGCUACAAGAGGAAUGCCAAGAGGUGCAAGGAAAAAUGGGAGAACAUCAAUAAGUACUACAAGAAGGUAAAGGAAAGCAACAAGAAACGUCCCGAAGAUGCCAAAACCUGUCCUUAUUUUCACGAACUAGAUGCUCUUUAUCGGAAAAAGAUACUUGGCAGCUCUAGCAGUGGUGGCAGCGGCAACAGCAGUUUCCUUGAUCAGAACAGGCGGCAGCUGCAGCAGCAACAACCAGAGAACAUAGAAUUGGAUCCAAGCGUUGCCCCAGAAAUUGCACCACUGCCACAACCACAAACUACACUUGCCAGUACGGAGUCAGAUAACAAAAAUGGAUCAGCUAGUACAGAUGUACAGGCCCAGGCAAGCAGCAUUGCUUUGCCAGAAGGCCUCUUUGGAGAAACAAUUGGAGGGGCUCCCAAAAAGCCAGAAGACAUUGUGAAGGAGUUAAUGGAGGAGCGGGAGCAACAUCAUCAACCACAACAACGACUAAUUCUAGAUGAAUAUGAUAAAAUUGAGGAUGCUGAUAGCGACAAUAUUGAUCAAGAGGAAGACGAAGAUGAAGACGAGGACGAAGACUUGGAAGAGGAGGGGAAAAUGGAUUAUAAGAUAGAGUUUCAGAGACAGAAUGCAGGGCCCCCUAAUGGAGGAGGAAAUGGGGCACCCUCCUUUUUGGCCGUGGUUCAAUAGAGCUCCACAUCCAUGGCCAAUGGUGAUCAGGUCCUCCUCGCCAAAACUGUAUCAUAUAUAUACAAAUAUAUGUAUACAUGCAUAUAUAUAUAUAGAUGCAUAUAUAUAUGCAUAUAUAUGUAGAGAGAGAGAGAGAGAGAGAGAGAGAGAGAGAGAGAGAGAGAUAGAGGUUCAGAAGUUCACAUCAUGGAAGAUCCCUAGCUAACUUCCGAGAGGAAAGCUUGAUAAUUUUAAUUCUUUCUAACUUCCAUCACCAUUACCUUCUUCCAUUUGUCGGUAGCUUUGUCAAGGAGGGAAACCUUGGAUCGAUGGCAGUGUACCAGAUUUUUCUAAUUUAUUGAUUUGUUGGUGAAUAAACCGUUUCGAAAGGCAAACGGGAGCAAUAUUUGAAUUGAGAGAGAAAUAAGCUUGCCCAGCAUGCAGCAGCUGCGUCAUCUUCUUCAUCUUCAUCAAUGCACGUGUUACACACGAGCAUGGAGAGUUAAGAGAAUGAAAGGCAGAUAGCUAGGUUUGAAAGCAGAAGAAGCAGAUCAUCAUGUACUUUCAGGUUUCUAAUUUUCUAUUUUAUUUUUUAGAACUUUGCUUUUUUUCUUCCAUGCUUGGUUUGGACGAAGAAAGAUAGUGCAUGGGUAUUCAGAUAUUCAUCCUUAUUAUUCAAUUUGUAAUAACUCCAAUUGCCAA